CUGAAGCAGCGGUGAAGACAAACUGACUGGUAACUGAAGGUCAAUUAUGAGGCAGCGGCAAUACGAUGUAUGAUGAAGAGGCACUUGAGUCAAAAUUUACUGAUAAGGUUUUUGGUUGUGCCUUCAUCAUACUGAAUGUUAUAAUACUUGGUGUUUGGAUUUAUGUAAUGGCAUCUUCAGAUGUUCAAAUACUUUUUAAUAAUUAUGACUGUAAUGGAAACAUUUGUGGCAGUGAAAGGAUAUUGAAGCCGUUUUCGUUCAUGCAAACUAAUGUUUCAAGUCAGAAAUUUCUGCAUCAUACUAAUUUUGCAAACAUGGAGUUUUCAGUAGCUGUCUGUGUUCAAAGAUGUCCAGAUAUUCUUAUCAACUCCUCCAGAGAGUUUUUUCGUUUCACAAACAGUAGUGGAAUACUUCUUUGUGACUCGAGGAUUCCCCUAGAGCUUUACGAAUCUCAACCACGUGUCCUGAAUGUAUCACUCUGUCCAACAUUACCAAUUUAUCCAACUAUACCUAUUGGUGGAGUGUGUAUACCAGUCAAUUUUACAAAUCAUAGCAGUUUUGAAAAUUUUCAAUUCAAUGCUGACUCAGAAUUUUCAUUAUCAUUAUAUCAGAUAAUUAUAUGUGGUUCAAUGACUUCAGUUCUCAGUCUAUUGAUUAUUGGAGUUGUACGUUUCGUACCGGCUGGAUUUUCUACUUUUAUAUUUGGAUAUACAAUAUCUGCUUAUUCAUUAUUCAUGAUGUUUUUAGUUGUUCGUUUAUGGAUUCAUGUAAUGAGUUUAAAACAUGCUUAUUGGUGGAGAAGUGAUCUCUUCUCACAGAGUCAUCUUUUAAGUCAUUUAAUAUUUGUACUUAUCCUGUUCAUUUGUUUAUUCAUUUUGGUGUUCAUCAUCUGCCUAAAUUCAUCCCUAAGAAAUUCUAAAAGUCAAUGGCAGAGUACAAUCCAGUUUAUUAUUGAAGCAUUAUUUGUCCUAUUAUCCGACUGUAUAACUGAACUAUUUGGAGUACUGUGUAUUAUACUACUAAUGAUUAUCAUUGGCAAUGCAUUUCUAUGCUUUAUUUCUGUAUACAGUUUACUACAUAUAUUUGCAAUGGUGGAACCAGUCCGCUUAAAACUUACUGGAUGCUUGGAUUUUCGUCAAAUCGGUUGGAUACAAUAUGGAGUUUUACCAGUUUAUUUAUUGUAUAGUCUAUGGAUAAUUCGAUUAUAUUCAAGUUUUUGUCAGGUGUUCACAACAAUUAUUGUAUCUAAUUGGUAUCGUUCAAGUGAAUCUACUUACAGACCAAAAAUAGCAAGUCUCUUCAGUCAAGUUAUGUACACAAUGGCAUAUCAAUUUAUUGGAAGUUUAAGUUUAGCCUCACUAUUCAGUUUACUUACAUGGCCUAUUCUUCAAAUGUUAUGCUUUUAUAAAAUUAUACAUUAUGCAAAAAAUAAUAAUAAUUAUCAGAAUAAUAUUUCCAGUGUUGUUAGAACAACAUCACGAUGGGAGCAGAAGCUGUGGAACUUUGAAUGGCAGAUUCAUCAUUUAGAUUGUAAUAUCUUCACGUUAAUAAUAAUCGAGAGUCAAUCAUUCAGUAAAUCUUGGAAACAAUUAAACUCUGGAUUGGUUAAAAUUCAAUUAUUGAAUAACAUAAUCGAGUUGAUACGAUGGUCAGAAUUUCUAUUGACACUAGCUAAAUUAGCCUGUUCAGCUAUGGCAACAUUUUUUGGAUUAAUAUACUUUUCUGUGAGACCGCCAACUUUAAUUGCUUUUCCUAUUAUUGCAAUUAUAUCAUUUGGAGUAUGUUAUUUCAUUUCAAGUACUAUACUAACUAUCUUACAACAUAUUAUGUCAACUGUAAUCAUUUGUUAUUGUCUACAAGAAUAUAAAGCUACAGAGGAGGAGAUUUUUGGCAAUGAAUUAAACUUUAUCUUUAGACAUGAAAGUUUUAAAUGUCAUCUUGUUAAACUACUAAAAACUGAAGAAACUAAACUACAUGCAUUAAAGAAUGGUUGUAUAUCAGACAGAUUUCAUAAUCAGUCAUCUGGUUCCUAUGUAGACUAUCGUAAUCUUAACAUACAAUGGAUUGAAAAUCCUGACGGUGAUUUUAGUGUGAAGGGUUUCUCAUUACAUCCACCCGUUCCACUGCCUAGAAGACAAAAACAUUAGUACAGGUGUUAUUAUCAGCCAAUGAUAUAUCUCCCUUGUGUUAUUCUUGUUAUAAUGUAUCCUCUAAGUACUUAAAAUCGCCUGUAUAUUUCUGCACACACAUUCACACACACACAAGUCUACUGUAUAUCCUUACAAUACGCACUGAAUGACUACUGCCUUACAAACUGGUCUUACUAGGAGACGACAUAAUUUACUGCUGCUAUUAAACCUUCUCAAAUCAACUCAAAUUCAUGAUCGUAACACGAAGAGGAACCAAAAACAUAUGUGUAACCUUACUAAAGAGUUCAGAGAAUUUGAGUCAUAUUUGUCAUAUUACCAAAUCUUUAUUACAUUUAAUUUAAAUAAAAUACAAUAAAGACCAAAAUAAUUAAUAUAACUAAUAACGUCAUUAUGUCGCCAAGUUUAUAUUUCCCGCUUUAAAAAAAUCGAAUAUUGAAUUUUUACUGGUGUACACAAUUUAAUUAUAUUUUAAAUAAUCUUGUUUAUUUAUAUAUUUUUUUUGGUAAAAUUCCUUGUACAAAGAAUUAAUGA